AUGUCGCGCGAAAACACGGCCAACAGCUUCGCGUCUUUCGGGUCUGACUUCGACCCCGAACACGAAGCCAUUGCCUCAACCAGAGAACUUGACGAGAGCCCACGCCUUCCCAAGAUGAAAGGCGCGUAUACGAAGCUGUCGCAGGUCGACGAAGAAGAAGAACCAGACUAUGUUUUCAACACCUCCACAUUUGAACAAUACCUCCCACAUUUCUCGCCGAUAGGAACAUCCGAGGAGGAAGAAGAGGGCAACGAUAUGGACGACGACAUUUCUCUUGAGCUAGGACGGGGCCCGUCUAACCCACCGCGCCGACUAGACGACUCGCGCAAUUCCUACAUGAGCAUCGAGAACAGUGUCCGCUCAUCGUCUCCCGCCGUCCGCCUUGACGUUCCCACACCCCAGAAAUCCGCCAUGCGCCCUGCCAACAGGCGAGCCGUUAGCGAAAAUCUCCGAAAAGACGCGCAGUUGAGGCAAGCGGCUCUUGCUCACAAGGAAAACAUCGAUCCCAACCCACCCUCCAAAUCCAAUCGCAAAGAACGACGAACCCUGUCCGAGAUCCACGCCAAGGUCCGCGACUCAUAUGACGGAUCAUUCCUCGAAGAUGAACGUCCCCCUGUUGCUAGUACGAGCACGUCGCGUCCGACACGGUUUGGCAACGCGAAUUUGUCACACCAGAUUGCCGAUGCUGUUGAACGCGCGUCGCAGGAAGCAUAUGUGAAGGAGGCCCGUCGAGCAAAGGCGCGUGCGUCUGCCAAUGCUGGAGGCGACACCGGCACUCAACAAUCUUUCCUUCUUCCCGACUUGCCCAAUCUGUCAGAUCUUGUCUCUGGUGUUUACGAAGACGGCACGCCAGUGUACACACGACAACCCAGAACCAGGACGACGCGUUUUGUCUCACCUCCUGCGGAUGUGACAGAAGCCUCCUUCAGCCGUGAACACAUGCCACUUGACGCGAUCCCAAUUCCAGAAGACGAGAAGGCGCUGUUUGUAUCACUGAGGCUCCUACAAGAUAAGGUUUCGGAGCUCGAAAGGGCCAAGGCCGAUGCCGAGAGGAAGCUGGAUGAUCUGCGACAGGAAAACACUUUCUUGAAGGGAGGAAAGUCUCGUAGGGAGAGGGAGAGCCACGGCAAACGUUAUGAACUUGAGCAGAACGACUACAAAAAGGACCGAUUGAUCAACGAGAACCAAAAGCUGGAAUCAACGAAUCUGGCACUCCAAAAUAAAGUUGAUCUUCUUGAACGCAAGAGUGAUGUUCAGGAGGCUGCAUUGAAGAAACUAAACAAAGAGCGCGACAUGGCUGUUUCUCAGCUAGGCGUGGCGUACCUUGAGUCCCAGGACCUCAAGAGUGAAAACGAAGCACUGAGGGAGGAGAUCACUGAGCUCAAGGCUCGGUUCGCACAGGUGCUUGCAAGCGUGAAGGUUCGAGAGGAUACUGCGGAGUAUGACCAGAACACUGCUAGCGACGCCAGUGCAGAAGCAGAUGAUAGCCAAAUGGACACACGACGAAGCACCACCAAGGACGCCACCGCUAAAAGUGCGCGGUCAAAGUCGAAGAGCCGCAGAGAGGAUACCAGGACCAGGGUCUCAAGCCAGGUUGACAGAGAGAUCUCGCGUCUGGAGAGGGAACGUGCCGAUGAAGAACUCUUUUCAAUCGAACUGCCAAGAGUGAGAGAGUCAUCCACCUCGAAGAAGCAGAAGGUUACUCGACCUCGAUCAACCAGCGUACAAACCAGGAAACCGUCAACAGGAAGGCGUGUCAAGAGAGUGGUGGUCGAAGAAGUCGAGCUUACCGGACCGUUCGAUUCCACCACCGAGGCAACGGGACAUACCAAAGAACCAACUGCACAUACCAAAGAGACAACUGGACAAACCCGCAAAUCGUCGACUACGGAGCAAGACCUGACUUUAUUGAGCUUCAUCGACGAGCGUGAGAUUGCUCAGCUGAGGAAGACUCUCGAAGAGGAACGCCUGGCCCGCAAGCGGCGACAAUCGAACCCUGCCCCGGAGCACACAACGGGCGAGACCGACAACGUCACCCGUCAGAGCGCGCUGAAGCCUGCGCCUCGCAAGUCAUCCAUGAAAGAGACCAAAGCGCCUGUGCCUCGACCUGCCUCCGCUCUAGGAGAUCUGACUGCCAAUUCGAAAGUAAGCGCAACGGAAGGCGAUAGCCACCUCACAAUUCCUGCAGAGCGAACAAGGCGACACUCGGAACACUCUGUUACGCCCGUGGCUCAGCGAAGACGCCGUCGUAUUGCCGAGGAGAUGACUUCUGCUUUCAUUCUCCCUGACAUCACGCUGCGACACGCCGAUUUGGCCGAGAAUCUUACCAAGCUUCCCGAGGCUACCCAGCGGGCGCUCAACCGCGCUACACAACAUAGUGGAAAGAACUGCACCGUAUGCAAGCAGUCCAUUCCUGACGGAGGCUGUGAGCACACCAGCGAUGCUGUCAAAAUUCCCAAGCCUGUUCCUGUCUCGGAGCGCAUGCCUGAACCGUCUAUAUACAACGAGGAGCCUACUCUGCGACCUGCACAGGCCCCAGCCAUUGCCCUCGCUACCGUGCUAAAGGCGCUGGAAGACGAGCUCUCCCAUCUGAGGAUUCAACUUGUCUCCUACCAAGGCGCAUACAACAAACUGGACGCGUCUAUUAGCAAGCGACAGAGGAAGACGCUUGGAGAGAAGAUAGAGAAGCUGCUGAAGGACAUUGACAUGAAGGCCGACCAAAUAUACGCUCUAUACGACGUUCUUGAGGGCCAGAAACAGCGCGGACAGGAGAUGACCGAGCAGGAGAUGGAGGUGACGCUCCAAUCGAUCGGCAUCGAUCCCAACCCUAGGCUAGGCGAAGUGACGGGCACCACUGACAAGUCUUCUCGCAAGGAUGGUACGGAUUAUGAUAUGGAUGACGACGAUUCCGAGCUCCCGUGGGAAGGGAUCGAGAGCACUGUGGAGAUGACUGGAGGAAGUCGGCAUGAUUAG